GCCAUGGUGCUCUCCGAGCUGGCGGCGCGCCUCAACUGCGAGGAGUACAAGAACUGGGUAAAGGCGGGUCACUGCCUGCUGCUGCUACGCGGCGGCCUGCAGGGCUUCGUCGGCCGUGAGGUGCUCUCCUUCCACCAUGGCCUGCUCGCUGCAGCCCCGGGUCUGGGGCCCCGCGCCUCCUGCGGCGGCGGCUCUUGGUGCAGCCCGCGCGCUCGCCAGUUUCAGCCUCAGUGUCAGGUGUGUGCCGAGUGGAAACGCGAGAUUUUGCGACAUCACGUCUACAGAAACGGAGACGUGUACUGGGGAAACUGCCGGCCGGGCCGCUGGCCAGUGGACGCUUGGGAGGUAGCCAAGGCUUUCAUGCCCAGAGGAGUGGCAGACAAACGAGGACCCGAGGACUGUGACGCGGUUGCUCUUUUAAGUCUCAUCAAUUCCUGUGAUCACUUCGUGGUCGAUCGAAAGAAAGUCACAGAGGUGAUUAAGUGUCGUAAUGAGAUAAUGCAUUCUUCAGAGAUGAAAAUAUCAUCUGCUUGGCUUCGAGAUUUUCAGGUGAAGAUCCAAAAUUUCCUAAAUGAAUUCAAGAAUAUCCCAGAGAUCGUGGCAGUAUACUCCAGAAUAGAGCAGCUGCUGACAUCUGACUGGGCUGUUCACAUCCCUGAAGGAGAUGAGCGAGAUGGAUGUGAAUGUGAAAUAGGAAGUUACUUGAGUGCAAGCCAAGUCAAUGAAAUUGAAAUGGGAUUACUAAAGGAGAAACUACAAGAGAUGUAUCUUCAAGCAGCAGAAGAGGAGGUUUUACCUGAAGAGAUCUCAAAUCGACUGGAAGGGGUGAAGGAGUUCCUGAGAAACAAUAAAGACCUUAAAAAUGGUCUUACAGAAGAUGUGCAGAAGCUAGACAGCCUCCAUCAAAAACUGAUUUCAAAGGACACUGGGAUACAGACACCUGAAAGGAAGGCCUGAGUGAUCUGUGGAGUCUGAGUCCCUUUGUCCUCCCUCUAUAGGCUCAUUUCCUAGGUCACUGGUACUAAACUGGCUCAAGUCACCUCUGGACCUUCAGGGACAAAAUGCUGUGGAAGAAAUGCUCCAUGCCAAGGCCACAGAUGGAUGUGCUCCUUCACCUGGUCAGCUGCCUGCCAUGUACUCUGUAGAGACUGGGUGGAAGAACAGAGUAUAUUUGGUAUAUAUUUUUACCUUAAAACUCAGAUGAAUGCAAAUGUAUCUGCAGUUUGCUGCUUUAAUCUUUCCAGUUGCUGAUUAGUCUUUCGUCUUUCUGUCUCCAUUUCAUAAAAUUCCUUGAGAACAUUUCAGUAGCAAAGUAAGAAUUUUUAUUCAUCUUGAAACUCUUCCUAACUGAGAAACUUUAAUGAAACAUGUGCAUUCUAGUGCGGGCGCAAAACAUGGGAUCAAAUGGAAUCCCCAUUCAAUAAUGCCUGAUGUUGCAGUUAACUUACUGUUGCUGGAAUAAAGCACUCAAAUAAAAGCAGCUCAGCAAAGGAGAGUGUUUUGGCUUAGAGGACCGAGUGGGAGCUCCACGAUGACGGGAAAAAGCAUGGCAUGAAGAGAGACUGCACAGCUCCUCUGCCAUGGCGGGUAGGAACAGCAGGAGAAUGAGGCGUACCAACACUGGCAAGCUAGGGCUAAUAAACUUCAAGGUUCCCCCCCACACUCAACACACCCCCUCCAGGAGGCUCCACCUCUCAAAUUGCCAUCAGCUGGGGCCAAACAUUCAAAAAAAAAAUCACAUGAAUUUAUGGGGGAUAGCUGAUUCAAACCACCACACCUACCAUGCUAAAGUAAUAUUUGUGUUUUAUAACAACCGAGGACUUGAAGAAAGUUGUAUAUUUUUCCCAUACCUGUUUGUUGUGUUAUAUAUGUGAAAGGAAUUGGGGCAAUGGAGUAGGUAGAAGGAAUUUGGCUUUUCUAUUUUGUAUGUUCUUUUUUUAUAUACAACAAUUAUAUACUCAUGUAUGUUGAAAAUUUAUUAAAAUUUUUAAUUUCAAAAA